AUGCCCACCUUCCCCUUCCCCACGGCGCAGAUGAAUGCCGAAGAAGAGAUGGAAUCUGAGACAGGAACGACAGCGGUUGGAGUGUGCUGGGGCAUGAGCGGCGACAACCUGCCGCCGGCGAGCAAAGUCACCGAGAUGCUCCGAGAGAACGGCUUCACCGUCGUCCGCCUCUACACGCCGGACAGCGCCGCUCUCGUGGCGCUCGGCAGCACAGGCAUCUGCGUCGUCGUCGGUGCGCCCAACUACGACCUCCCCGCCCUGGCGCACGGCAGGACAGCCGCCACGGCCGCCUGGAUCCGCGAGAACAUCCAGGCCUACCCGACGGUGUUAUUCCGGUUCGUCGUCGUGGGCAACGAGGUCUCCAGCGCCGACAUGCAGCUCCUCGUCCCGGCCAUGGAGACGUCCACGCCGCGCUCGCGGCGGCUGGUUUGGGACACAUCAAGGUGA